AUGGCAAGCCGGCGCGGCAAGGCCAAGCCCCUCAAGCAGGCUAAGAAACAGGCCAAGGACCUUGACGAAGACGAUAAGGCUUACCUCGAGAAGAAGCGCGCCGAGGAGAAGGCUCGAAAGGAGAUGGCUGCCAAAGCCAGCGGCAAGGGACCUCUCAACCUGGGAACACAGGGCAUCAAGAAGAGCGGCAAGAAAUAA